UGGAGUGGAUCAUAUAUUUAAAGUUUAAACGUCGAGUAAUUUAUUUUAAUUAAUUUUGUUGGUCAAUCAAUCGGACACACAAGACAAAUCAAAAUUGAAAAUCUGCCACACACGUCUGAGCGGACAUUGAACCCUAAUUUCGUCGAUUCAGUUUCAUUUCAGCAUCUCUCUUUUCCCUCAAGCUAUCAAAUUCAAUCUCCUUCUCGAACCAAUCCUCUCAAUCUCCCCCCCUCACACAAAGCCGAUUUAUAUCUGUCGCGCCGGUUCCCGUUCGCCGAUCCGCCGCCUUUUCUCUCGUUGAAGGUUUUGGAAUCAGAAACAGAGAUAUGUCUCCUGCAUCUAGAAAGUCCAAGGACAAAAAGUCUGGGAAGGAACCCCCUAAGACCCCUUCAAAGUCUUUGAACCAGGCAAAUCUUAAUGGUGGGACCCUGACCAGUGGAUACAAUCCAAUUUUGGGAACAUUUCAUGCUCUGGACUCUGUACCUGGUUCUUCUGCCUCUUCACUUCAUGCCAACGGCCGCUUCAAAAACAUAGACGAGACGGAUGAUCAAAGUAGCAACUCGUUUGGCAACGGCGGGGAGUAUGAUUCUGUCUCGAACAAUGGUAGCUGGUCUGGUGAGUCAGAGGACCACAAAGAAAAAACAUCUCACCCUCCUACCCCCAAACAAGAAACAGUGUCUGGUGCUGAUAAUGACAAACGCGAAAAAAUCCGUCAAAAGAAUGAAAAAAAACAUCAACGUCAAAAGGAGAGACGGGCCCAAGAACUGCACGAAAAGUGCAGCGGGUAUUUAAUGUCAAGAAAGUUGGAAUCGCUUGCUCAACAGCUUGUGGCAAUGGGAUUCUCUUCAGAACGAGCAACAAUGGCUCUCAUUCUGAAUGAAGGAAGAGUAGAGGAAUCAGUGGCGUGGCUGUUUGAAGAAGGUGAAGAAGCAGAUAACAAUAAGCACAAAGAACACAAAAUUGACGGUGGUGGAGGUAAUUUGAAAAUUGAUAUAUCCGAAGAGCUUUCUCGUAUUACAGACAUUGAGAGUAGGUAUAAAUGUUCCAAGCAGGAGGUUGAGAGAGCCGUAGUUGCCUGUGAAGGUGAUCUCAAUAAGGCUGAAGAAACUCUUCGGGCGCAAAAGCAGGAUACCACAAAUAGUGUGCAAUCAAAACCAGAUGAAACCAGUAAACUCCCAUUGACCACUAGUAAUCAGAUAUCAACAAUUCUAUCUGCAAAACCAGGUCCAUCGGUCUCUAUACAGCAGCGUAAGGAUGAAAAAAUACUGAAUACUUCUAUAGAUCCAGCAGGCAAAAGUAUACAACAAUCAUCAAAGGGAAUCCAACCAAAAACAGAAUGGGUCAAGCCGGCACCACCAUCAAUCACUCCUUCUCCUGAUAAGCGAUGGCCAAGUGCAAUAAUAUCAAACACAUCUUCAUAUAAUUCUUUAACUACUUCACAAACCCCGCCUCCUCCAUCAGUGAUGGUGACUACUGAACCUCAUAGAUACAUAGCUGUUGGGAAUGAACUGAAGAACCUACAGUUAGGAAGCAUUAAAGAACCGGUUAUAGUAAUGCAACGACCACAGCAACAGUCCAAUAAUGCAAAGCAACAGGGGGUUCCACCAUCAACCAUAGUAAGCUCAUCACCUCCUGGUGGAGGGGGGUGGUACCUACAUGGUGUUGAACCUAUGAAGCCCGAUGGGAUGGUGACACAUGUUCCAGGCAUGAGAAACCCUACCCAUGACAGUUUCAGUACAUCAAACCAAUUAUUAUACAGUCAUCAUCAUUAUCUCCCGCAACAGUAUCAAAAUGUGUCAAGUAAUGGGGGCCCACAUGAAUCCCCAGGAAUUAGCAGCAGGGGAAACAGUAUAUGGAGUAGUAGAACUGGUGGUAGUACAUUUCAGCCUCAUACAGUUGCUGCAGCUUCCUCCCUUGGGCUCUUCUCUGGGUUAGGCAGCCACAGCCCAUUAGGUCCGCCUUCUCCUCAUGUGGACUGGAACAGUGGGUUUUCAGUGCCGCAUCUGGAUUACAACACCAUAGACUGGAGUCUGGGUUCUAAUUUAUCAUCAUCAGCUCCGUCGGGAGGCCUGUGGUCGAAAAUGAACCCACCCAUGCAAAACAACCACCACCACCACCAUACAUUUCCACCGGGAAGGGUUGCAAUGGGACCCAUUUUGUCUGAUGGCAUUUCAAUUCCUACCAGGUUGCAGGAAGGGAUGGGUUCGGCCGUGGAAACAUCUGCUGGUGGGGUGUCGCGUGAGUGGACUUCUCCUUUCGAAGAGAAGGAUCUUUUUAGUUUGCCCCGACAAUUUGUUUCCUCUCCUUCCUUAUAGGGAUAUAGGGGUGGGGGAUAAGUUUGAUGGUUGAAUAAAAGGAAAAAGAAAGAGACAUUAAGAUGUGCUUGGAUUUGGUGUUGGCGUUGUUUGAUCAUAUAUGAAUAUGCUUUUCCCCUUGUUAAUGGUUGUCUGAUCAAUUCUAGUGCAAUAUGCUCUUUCAAAAAUUCUUUGCUUAUCUUC